AUGUACACUGCAAAGAAGCAGCAACAAGAUACUGAUGAUGACCCGUGGCAGGACAUCCCUUCCGCUGCAAGGAUUGAAGAGGCACAGCAAGUACCCGUCGUUGAUCGCACACCUUCUGUAUCUGACUAA